AAUUUCCUAUUUCUUCUCACAAACCCUUUCUUUCUCUUAUUUAUUUGCCAUUUCACUUUUUCCCCUUUACUUUAUGUUAAGUUGUUAACUAUUCAAUGGCUUUUCGGUAAAAUCGAUGGAAAAUAACAGAAAUAUAUAUUAUAUGAUCUGUGAUUUGUUUUCUAUUUCCUUCUUUUUUGAUGUGUUGUUCGUUUUGAAUUCAUAGUUCCAAUUAAGUGAAUUUUCUAAUUAUAUAUUUUCUGGUUGAUUAUAAGCAUUUGUUAGCAAUCCGGGAUUGUGUUAGAGAGAGAACCAAUUAUUUCCCGUUUGUGGAUUGCUACUCCUGAUGUUAUUAUUGUAUUAGAUUUUUGUUGUGGAUUUGUAUCUUCUAUAUGAAAAAGCCUAACUGUGUCUGUGUUUUCUAUUUUAAGCAUUGUAAUCUGCAUUUAUCACAAACACAUUGGUAGCCUAACUGUGUGGUUGAUUCUCUAUUGAUAUAUUCGAGUAUUAAGUUUUCUUAGAUAUGGUAGAUUGAACUAUGUAUUUCAUAAUGGAUUCUUUAAAUUCAGUUAUUGUAAACGUUUGUAUCUAUGUCACUAUUUUGAUUCUGUCUUUAUUUUAAUGAUUGAUAUAAUCUGUCUUUAGGUUAUUUAGUAAUUUCUUGAUUUGAAAAUUACGUUAGAUGCCAUUAUUUGUCGUAUUUAUAUCGGAAUUCUAAUGUGAGAUCUUAGGUUGUUAGUUACUAUAGUAACGCUUGGAAGCUAGGAGUUAGAACCCAUAUCAUGAGCCUGCCGAAACUUCCUUAUGGCAAGUCCCCUUAGAAGCUACCCUAAUGGGGCAUGGGACGGGAAUGGAGGAUACGAAAAGUUAUGAAGAGGAUUUUCACUCUUCACCAUGAUUGAACUUUGCUUCUGUUCUCAAAUGUCUCUGGCUCUUACCAUGAUAGAUAUUUGCGGCCACUCUAUAUCCACUCCCAAGAAUGGGGACAAUUACGACACUAGUCACUUUGUUAAUUGAAGAUGUGAUAUAUGAAUCAUUGAGGAUUGUGUGAUCUUAACUGAGAGAUGGAACUGAGUAGCAUCAAAGAUGCAUUUGACCGUGUAGCUAAGAAGCAAAAGUUAUCCUCUUCCAAGUCUCAAGAAGUUGUUGACCAGGUGGGGCGUGAAAUUGAGCAGGCAUUGGCAACAAUCCAGGCACCAAAUGGCCCCUCAACCCCUGUUGAUCAAAAGUCCGUUCUUACAGAUCUGAAGUCAAAGCUUAAUGCUAUUGUGGCACUUAAACAGUUAGAAGGACCACAGAAGGAACUGAAUCUAAGUCUUUCCAAGUACCAAAAACUCCUUGAAAAAUAUUUAAACCCCGACAUAUCAAAGGCUUACAGAAACGUUGACUUUGAUAAUCAUAUUGUAAAUCAGAUCAUUGCAAGUCACUUUUACCAUCAAGGUUUAUUUGAUCUUGGAGAUAGCAUUAUAAAUGAGGCUGGAGAGCUGGAUUUAACUGCUCUAAGGUUGAAGUUCAUCGAAAUGCAUCAGAUUCUUGAAGCUAUGAGGGUUAGAAAUCUUCAGCCUGCUCUAACAUGGGGCUCUGCCAACCGGGAUGAACUUGUCAAGAUUGGUUCCAAUCUUGAGUUCAAGAUUCACACAUUGCAGUUUGUAGAGGUCGUGCAAAAUGGAACCCGAGCUGAUGCCUUAAAAUAUGCACGAACUUAUCUUGCUCCUUUUGCUCCCCUCAACAAGGAUGACUUCCAAAAGCUUAUGGGUUGCCUCUUGUAUGCAGGAAGGCUUGAGAGCUCCCCUUAUUCUGAUUUGAUGUCACCAGCUCAUUGGGAGAUGAUAACCGAAGAGCUUGGACGGAAGUUCUGCACUCUCUUGGGGCAGUCCUACCAGAGUCCACUGAGUGUGGCAGUUGCAGCUGGAGUUGAGGGGUUGCCUACACUCUUAAAGCUGGCUAAUGUAAUGGCAGCAAAGAAGCAAGAGUGGCAGGCAAUGAAACAGUUGCCAGUGCCUGUAGAAUUGGGUAAGGAAUUUCAAUUCCAUUCGAUUUUUGUAUGCCCUGUAAGUAGGGAUCAAGGGAGUGAAGAGAAUCCUCCCAUGUUGCUGCCAUGUCUACAUGUUCUCUGCAAGCAGUCAAUUUUGAAGUUAUCCAAAAACAGCACUCGAACAUUCAAGUGUCCAUAUUGUCCCGCAGAAGCUACAGUUGCAAACUGCAGACAGCUGCAUUUCUGAUUGGUGGUGUUAAUGAAUUUCUCUCUUACACGUUUCAUGGAUGCAGUACAGCUUUCUGGUUUGCACGUUGUACAUAAAUAUUCUUACUAAAUUAUAUCUUUUCUGUUUGGCAAUAUUUCUUGACUGGAUAAAAAUAUUAAAAAUAACUAUGCUUCUCAAUUGGAUUGGCCUGUUACAAUUUUCGACACUCACAGGUAUGAACAAUUGUACAGGUAUAUCUGUGAUCUCACCUACGAUAUGAUGGCUUAUAAUUGUGUGCAACUCAUAGAUCAUAGUUUGUAGUACUGUUCCACAUAUGGUAGAUUAUUGGAUUUCUGGUGUCUCAGAUGUUAACUCUUGACAGCAACAAUUACUGGACUGUCUUCUGGUCAAGCGUGUCUGUUAGCAUGCAAGAAAACAGAGCAUGAACUUUAAUUCUCAAAAAAGACUAGAUCGAUAUGAUGUUUAUUUUAGUACUUUUGAGGAGUAAUGAAAUAGUCGAGUUGCAAAUUAA